GUACCUGGCACCUUGGAUCUUGACUAGCUAAUUGUUUGCAGAUUUACACAUCUGUAACAUUAGUAGAUGAAACUUGCACUCACACUCACCCUGCGCCACUGCGUGCAGUUGGUGCGCACAUUUCCGUGGUGGUAGGGGCAGGGGAAUUGCUCACACGUAAGUGGAGGCUGUGGCACUGUGUGCGGUCCCAUUUAAUGACACGAGGUGACAGAUGGGCUGGAAAGAAGUCUAUUAAACCCUCACAAAGAACUGGCAUUUUCAGUCGGUGACAGUAAUCACUUGAGAAACAACCUUUUUUACUCUGGGAGUAAUAAAAAUGCUCCCUCUUUCCCCCAAGUUUAUGCUGGUUUUGAUCAGGGAUGCUAAGUGUUCUGGUAGAAGUACUAGUUUUUGGCAUCUGAUGCGGGCCAGAUCCUGAAGUCAGAAGACAAACCUUUCCUCAGGUACCAUUUGUAUUGCCUGCAGCGGGAAUUGCACUCAAGAUCAGGUUUGACGCUAUGCAUCGUCUGGCCUCUCUUUAUAUGUCAUUUAUCUAUUUAUCCACUUUGCUCCGAACUCCCACCUCCUGCCUUCCCCGCUGCCCGCCUGAAGAUGCUCUUUAGCGAUCGUAAGUACCCGAGCAGCCAGCAUCGCCGAGAUGGGUUAAAGCACAGCGCCGAUCAGCCCGCUGUAUCUGGAAUAGUGCCAAAACCCCAAAACGCAAGGAUAACUUCAGUUAAUCUUCGUAGCAUUUUACAGUGGGAUGCACCUAGGUUUUACAAAGGGAAUAUAAGUUACACUGUUCAAUCUAAGAGCAUCAAUUUACCCGGAGACACAUAUGAAAAUGUGAGCACAAAUCUGAGAGUCACAGAGUGUGAUGUCUCUUCUCUGUCUGUGUAUGGAGACUACAUGUUACAGGUCCGAGCGGAGUCAGAAAAUGACCAUUCAGACUGGAUGACCGUCAGAUUUAAGCCAAUGGAUGACACCAUCAUUGGGCCACCUGAUGUAAAAGUGAAGUCAGAGUCUGGGUCCCUGCAUGUGGAUUUCAUAGGCCCUUUUGCUGAACGUGACAACUGGCCUCUGAAGCAGUAUUACGGUUCAUGGAAUUACAGGAUACUGUACUGGAAGAAAGGCAGCACUGCUUCUGGGGUAACUCACGUAGAUACUAAACAUAACACUGAAAUACUAUCUCAGUUGGAGCCAUGGAUGAUAUAUUGUAUUCAAGUGCAAGCAGUUAUCCCUGAGUGGAACAAAACAGGGGAACUGAGUGAAGUGCUUUGUGAGCAGACAACCCACAACGGUGUAACUCCUGUGUGGAUAGUUGUGACCAUUCUUAUAGGAUCAAUGUUGGUCGUUGCGAUAUCUGUUCCUGUUUGUUUCUUUUUCUUUUUGUACCUGUAUCGACUCACCAAACAUGUUUUUUGUCCUUCGUAUAUUUUCCCACAACACUUGAAAGAGUUCUUGAACAAGCCUUCCAUUGGUUCGCAGAUUUUUUCUCCAGUCCCACAAGAAGAGCACCUUUUUUAUGACAAGCUAACUGUCAUUUCAGAAGAAUCCAAAAGUCACAGUGAUGAGGCUGGGAAUGAAGCCAGCAAGACACCAGAGCACCUUCAGGACUCUGAACAAGAAUAUUCUGAGUCAUAAUAGUAUCAGCUUCAGAAAAGGCCUGAAUGCACUCCUCAUACUUCACUCAGACCUAAAGAAAAGCAAAUGGGCUGUUGAAUUUACCUUCUUAUUGCUACGUUCUUAAGACAGUAAAAAUUCAUACACGAAGAUGUGUACACAGACUUUUGACAGAAUUAUAUUAUUUUUUAAAGUACAAGAAACUUGACUAUAAAUGAGGAAUCAAUACCUAAUUUUUGCCACUGUUUGUAGUGGCUCAUUGUUAAGUUGUAGCAAUACCUAACACUGUGUCAUGACAUUAAUUUAAAGAGCAAUUAUAUAUAAUACUAGUUAAUUUAACUUUGAUGAACUAUUUAUUGCAAAAGCUAAUAAAACUGGUAUCUUGUAUAAGGUUUGUAAAAGAAAAUCUUAUUUUGUAAAGUAGGACCUGAUCUGAUUUAUUUUUUGUAAUGAGAAAUUGUGUGUAUUUCUUAAGAAUAUUCCUAGUGGCAUGAUCUUUCUAUUGAAUAUUUUUUUACCUGAUGCAAAAUUGUAAAGUUAUUAUGAUGAUAUGAACUUGGUAUGAACAAACCAAACACAAAUACUCAAUGUGUUUUGCAGUGCAAGGUGUUACUCAUACCUCAUUGCUAAGGAUAAUGGGAAUGCACCAGUAGACUGUCUGAUAACCUCCAUGCUCAGGUAUUGCUCGCUCCCCUGAGCCUGUGCCCCACAGUUUCUAUGGCUAAUUAAAUUUUGGCUGCCUAAUCCAGAGUCCAGUGGAAAACUUUGCAGCUAAAGUGGGAGUUAAAAGGUAGGUUCAUUUUAUUUAUCUAUCUACUGAUAUGUAGUCUUGAUUAAAAACAAAAGUAAAUCCAGGUUGACAUGAUGCCCAUAUUACACAAUACAAUCUCGCUGGCAUGUGAAGGUUAUAUCCACGCUGACACUGGGGCAUAAAGUGUGUCCCUUGCACUGUGUGCUAAUUUUAUGACAUGAGUCUUUUUGUGUGUAUUAUUACAUCAAAGGAGAGUGAAAAAUAGAAUUCUGUCAGCAGAACUAACGAGUGAAGUUGUGUGUAAAGCAUAAUGUUGCGUCAGAAUUGCAACAUUUUUGGCUAUGUAUUUGAGGUUUGUUAAUGCAUUAAUACACACUUCUUGGGAACCACUGCAGGAGAAAUUAUGAGGAAAACAGGCAUCGACUCUUUGUACCACUGUAGAAUCAAUUA